GUUUCAUCACCCUACACACCAUUAUGGCCAACUUCGCCGCCGACGCGUUCAACGCCAGCCUUAUAGUCCAACUGCGAAUGCAACUGACCCUGCUGAGCAGAAAUAUUAUCAACUGUAACAACGUUACCGAGAAACCAUACUCGUUGCUAGACAAAGCAGAGUCGGUGGACGGUGUACGGCCGUGUCACCCUUUCAGUACCAGUGAUGUCUACUACCGACUGCAGAAGAACAUACUUCAUCAUCAAGCCAUUAUCAGGAAUGUUGAGCUGCUUCAAAGAUGUCUGGGCAGCAUUCUGCUGGGACAGAGUCUCUCCAUCGGUAUUUCUGUUUGCUUCCAACUCUACCAGGUCGCCAAGAACGCAGAGAGUCUCCAAGAUGCCGGAAAGUACAGCAGCUACCUUUUCACCAUGUUUGCUGAGCUCUUUGUCUACUGUUGGUUCGCAGAUGACUUGAUAUCAGAGAGCGAGAACGUGGCGCAGGCAGCGUACGACGCGGUUCCAUCGCUGCUGGAGUGUCCCACGUCCAUCAAACGGUCGCUGCUGAUCCUGAUGCACCGAGCUCAACGGCCUCUCAGCCUCACAGCUGCCGGGCUCUUCCCGCUCUCCAGGGAGUCCUUCGUGUCGAUUGUCAACGUCUCCUAUUCAUUCUUCGCCAUUCUUCGUAAUUUUAAAGAAGAUUAGAAGCUAUUCACUGUCGGUAAAGCUGGUCAUGCCACUAAGAAUGCACUUUCUCUUUUCUGACUGACACUCUACAAUACUUGUUACGAUAUGUCGUAGCGCUGUUAAUUGGAAGCAUAACAUGAAAAACAACGCAUUAGCACAUAAACAGCCCACAUUUAAGCGAUAGUAAAAUUGUACCAUAACUGUAUAUGACACAUAGUGUGAAGUUUCACACAUGAAUACAUCAUUUAACCACAUUGUAUGAAGACACAGUUCAGACUGAGUAUUG